UUUCCUCGGGUCCCGGCGCAGCGCCGCCUGCCGAGUUCCGAGCGAGCGGGCGGAGCCUGCGGGGGUCUCCGGGCGCGCCCGCCAGUCCGGAUUUUCCUCCGAGGCGCCGCCGCCUUUCCAGGUCCGCCCCCUUCUCCGGCCCAAAAGCGGCUCCGACGGCGUGCGGCCUCCUUCUCUUCGCGCUCCCCACCUCUGCUCGCCGCGCGUCUCGGGGCCGAUCUUUGCCCGGUGUCCGGGAGGCGGCGCCGGCGGGGGCGCCUCACCCCUGCCGGCGGCGGUAAUGCCGCUGCCGUUGCCGCCCUUGCGGCCGGACGGGCAGCUGGCAGCGGCAGGAACCGGAGCCGGAGCGCGCUCGCCGCUGGCCGGGACGCCGCCCUGGCCUGCGCUUGGCUCCCGAGGCGGCCGCAGGGCGCCGGGGUCCGGCGCGGCAUGAGGUGGAGGUUGCGCGCCGGCGAGCGCCCAGCUCCUCGGCCCCCAGGGUCCCCGCGGGCCCUCGCGCGUCGCGUGAGCGGGCUGCGGCCCCGGCGCCCACGCUAACCCCGCGCAGGCACAAGACGCCGCGGCCCGGAGAAGGCGGCGCAGGCCCGCCGAGCGAACGCGAGCGGCUGGACCCGUAGCGCGGGGCUCCGUGCUGGGCGGAUACCUGGAGCCGCGGGCCACCCCGGCGUGCUGCAGUUAGCUGCCCCUCUCCGCAGGGCGCCGCGGCGCGCAGCCUGCGCCUCUCCCCACCUGCAGCCCCUCCUCCCGCCGCUGCCUGGCGGAGAGAACGCGCGUCCUCGCCCUUCCUCGGCCUCUUCAGGUCCUCUGGUCCCCCGGACCCCCAUCCGGACUCUCCUCUCCUCUCUCCACCCUUCCCCGUGGUCCUUCCGCGCCUCUCCUCCCCGGCUCUCCGGCCUCCCAUUCAUUCCGUGCGCUUCCUCCCCCUUUCUCCUUCCCGCUCGGGGCCUCUUCCCAGAGCCUCUCCGCGCGGAACCCUCGGCAUUCUCGGGGUUCUUAGCACAUUCAUGGAAGUUUAGGGCCUGGACGGUGGCCCCGGAUCCGGCCUGAGAGCGCAGCCCGAGCUGCUGGCUGGGAAGAGGAAGAUGUCUGUGCUCAGGCGGAUGAUGCGGGUCUCCAAUCGCUCCCUCCUCGCCUUCAUCUUCUUCUUCUCCCUCUCCUCGUCGUGUCUCUACUUCAUCUAUGUGGCUCCGGGCAUCGCCAACACAUACCUCUUUAUGGUACAAGCUCGAGGUAUAAUGUUGAGAGAGAAUGUGAAAACAAUAGGACAUAUGAUCAGGCUGUACACAAAUAAAAAUGCCACCCUCAAUGGCACAGAUUAUCCUGAAGGCAAUAAUUCAAGUGACUAUCUUGUUCAAACAACAACAUAUCUCCCGGAAAACUUCACAUAUUCACCAUUUCUUCCCUGUCCAGAAAAACUGCCUUACAUGCGGGGAUUCCUCAGUGUCAAUGUAAGUGAAGUCAGUUUUGAUGAAGUUCAUCAACUCUUCUCUAAGGAUUUGGAUAUUGAGCCAGGAGGUCACUGGAGGCCAAAAGACUGUAAACCCAGGUGGAAGGUGGCAGUUCUCAUUCCUUUCCGUAAUCGCCAUGAACAUCUUCCAAUUUUUUUCUUACACCUGAUUCCAAUGCUUCAGAAACAGCGGCUGGAAUUUGCCUUUUAUGUCAUUGAACAGACUGGCACACAACCUUUUAAUCGUGCGAUGCUCUUCAACGUGGGCUUCAAGGAGGCCAUGAAGGACAACAUCUGGGACUGCGUGAUCUUCCACGAUGUGGAUCAUCUACCUGAAAAUGACCGAAACUAUUAUGGGUGUGGAGAAAUGCCUCGUCACUUUGCAGCAAAGCUGGAUAAAUACAUGUAUAUUCUGCCAUAUAAAGAAUUUUUUGGUGGUGUAAGUGGACUGACAGUGGAACAGUUCAGAAAGAUCAAUGGUUUUCCUAAUGCUUUCUGGGGAUGGGGAGGAGAAGAUGAUGACCUUUGGAACAGAGUUCACUAUGCUGGAUAUAAUGUAACCAGACCAGAGGGAGACCUAGGAAAAUACAAGUCUAUCCCUCAUCACCAUCGAGGGGAAGUCCAGUUUUUAGGACGGUAUAAAUUACUAAGGUAUUCUAAGGAGCGUCAGUACAUCGAUGGGUUGAACAAUUUAUUAUACACGCCAAAAAUACUGGUUGAUAGGUUGUAUACAAAUAUAUCUGUGAACCUCAUGCCAGAGUUAGCUCCAAUCGAAGACUAUUAAAAGAAGUAGCUCUCAUGGCAGGGUAGACCACAGUGCUGGAUCAUAAACUUGGAGUGCACUCUUAGUGGAGGUCAGCGUUUGGAUGUCUCAGUACCCUGAUCUCUGAGAAGAGCCAGUAGUCCUCAAUGUUUACAGUGUGGGAUUAUAUACAUCAUCCUUCUUACACCCCUCCUCUCUACUUUGAGACACACCCCAUGGUGAGCACUGCAGAAACCAGAGCUGUUGCUUGAGAUUGGAAGCUGAGAGAGCUCCCCACAAAGAGAAAGUGUUUUUUAUACUGAAAUCUAUAAUUUAAUUCAAGAGAAUGCUUUUAUUUCCGUUUAAACAUACUUUGUACAUAUGUGAUGUAAAUUAAUGUGUUCAAAUUGUUGAGAAAUAAGAUGUGUUACAGUUUUGCAUGUAAUUGGUUAUGCUUUCAUUGGACUUUUAUAGACAUUUUUUAUUUGCAUGGGAAAAAAAAAAAAAACACUGUAAAUCUAUGUCACUAAACAAAGGUUAACCCUUGUGUGAAAU